GGUGAUCGGUGGUAAAGUAAAACGUAUUACAUGGAGCAGCAGUCUUACUUUUUACCCCAUCUGCAUGAACACUGUGGCGGUGUGGCGGGCUGUUGGAGAGGCGGAGACACCUGAUUGGCUGGGCAGCAGGGCGGAAGUGCGUCAACCGUCCCAGCUGAGCUGAAAGCAAAACAAGACAAGCUGCGACUGCAUAAUGAUGGAUGAGCUGGUACAGGACCUGGUGUCUGCUCUGGAGCAGACCUCAGAGCAAAGCAAGCUGGGGGAGCUGUGGGAGGAAAUGGUCCUGAGUCCCCUGCACCAGCGCCGGCAGAUCCGCCGUCGGAGAGGCCGCAGCAAGCGUUAUCGUGAAUCUUCUCUCUAUCCGCUGCAGCACAGACGGUGUUGGAUUGAGGCCUCGGAGUCCAGCUUGGACGAGACUAUACGAUACAGGGAGAACUCUUCCUCAACCAUUACUGCCUCUGUGGCCAGCUGCAGUGACUCUGAUGACAAGACUUCAACCAACCGAUGGCGCUCCAUCACGACUAGGCAGUCCUCCUGGCCAGAGUCCGACUCCUUCACUGAGAAUAAUCCUGGACGGCAUCUCAGGAAGCGGAGGAAGGUCAAACGUAUGACCACAGACGUCACAGUUAGGUUGCAGCAGAAGUUAAAGGUUUCUGGUAUAGAUGGAAAACAGAGACACAGGCCAUCGAAGAUACAGCAUCUGUCAGGAUCGAAGAAAAGGUCGAGCGCUUGGGUUGGAGCAGGGCGACAGACCGAAGGAGCCAGGCUGAUGGGAAAGAAGUGCUGGAAGAGAAAGGUGUCCAAGGAACACAGAGAUGUUGCAGACGAGAACAUGUCUGAAGGGGAAACCAGCAGUACAUGCAGCAGUGACCCUGGCCUGUUCACCAAUGAUGAGGGAAGACAAGGCGAUGACGAGCAGAGUGACUGGUUUUUCGAGGGGGACUGUGGAGUCGGGACAGGUGUGGCCGGCCUGCUGCCCAGCUGGGACUCAGACAACCAGCUUUCUCUUAAAGAUAACCGACCCCCGUCCACAUUCCUGCAACUUGCACGGCCCUCUCAGAGAGGGUAUCGGUAUCAUUCACGUCUGAAGCGAGUGCCCGGCUAUGCUGCAUGCUGCAUCAAGAAGGACAGGAGGCAGCUUCCCAGCAAGGGCAACAGCAUGCCAGUGUUUGUAGAGAGACUGGGACAGUUCUCCCAGAGCUCAAUAUGUUUUGUAUAUUUAGGGACAAAACAACUGGCCAACAUCUGCCAUGCUGUUAAAACUGAUGAAGUAACGUGUGUUCUCGUUCUGUCCACAACCCCCCCACCCCUCAGGCAGACUAAUGUCUCCUGUGCAUACCAGUCCCAGAGUGACAUCAGGAGGAAGAGGGAAAUAGAAGCUGUGUCUGUCACAACAACAUCAGCAAGCAACCCAUUUCAUAAGGAUCACCAAUAAUUUCUCAACCAUAGAGACUGGGGGACUAAGUACACCAGGUUUACAGAGUUCAUCUUUUCUUCAGGGGGACCAUGAGGAAGCUGAACGGGGCUGGACAAGCACACCUAAAUGACAAAGGAAAAGCUACUGUGUCAGAAAAUGAAAAGGCCGAAACUUCUCUUUUUGUACAAACUUCAUGACAAAGAAAAAAAUACAAAGCACAUCAUUACUCCUCAAAUCAGCAUGCUACUGCUAGAUCCAGUCUUUCCAGGUAGUAUAUUAAGCUUGACAAAUGUUAAUGCAAUCAAGCCUUGUUAAGCCCUCUGCCUUCUCCUCAAAGCAGCUUCAAGAGGCUCCUCGUUUGACUUAAAGCUGGAAGGCUCCUCUGGUUUCCACACACAGUCUCCGGGCCACCUGCUACCACACAAUCCAACAAUUAUGUCCACUUUAGUAGCACAGCAUUUGCCAGCCGGAACACUGGGAGGACGGUGAGGCAGCUUUGUGGCCGGGUUGGAGGGGGUGGGGGGCUCUGCUUUACUUUACCGCAGACAACAAUGGCCAGGCAGGCAGCACGUACUGUGGCCAGCUCCGAGACAGAAGAGCAUCAGAAUGUUUAGCUACCACAUGCUACAGGGUUCAGAGAGGCGACCACCGGUAGAGAGCCACACAAAGUACAGGCCUUCUAUUAGCAUGGAUUUGAAAAGCUACAGUUUGUACAAAGGUGCUCAUUAGCACAACACAGAGGGAGUGUAGUCACCGUCCUCGGAGGGCAGCCUCUGUUCUCUUCAGCUUACCUUCCAUAUUCAAAUGUUCCCAAAAGUAUUUUAGUUCAAGGCCAGCUGCAAAUCUGUUUGAACAGGCUGUUUUUCACCAGUGGUGGAUUAGUUGCUGUGCAGAGAGCCAGCAAAAAGGAGUUGAAGGAGCUGUUGGAGACAGGAGAGGAGAGUUUUACACUGUAUUUUCAUCUACCCUUGGGGUAUACAUUUCCCUGGCUCCCUUGGCAUCAAAUGCAUUAAAAGAUCAAUGGCAGCAUACAGCAAGAUCAAACAAAACACCUCUCGCCAAGCUGGUAAACGAGCAGUAUUUUCAGAAGAUUGCAUUUUUAUAUAGGAGUUAAGUGAAGUACAAUCUACUUGACCUUACCCACAAAGGUGAUAACUGUCUUUAAAAAAAAAACCACAUACACUUUUACAUAAUCUUUGCUAGAGAAUGUCUUGAAAAGGUGUUUUAAAGGGAAAUGCUGACAUGAAGAGGAAACAGUGAAUUUGGUUGCGUGCAAAAGUUUGACGUUUUUAAAAAGAUUAUCUGAGCAAAAUUCACAUGUUUGCACUUUCUAUAAUUAUUACAAGAUACCUUUUUAGUGGAACAAACUGCAUUGUCACCAGCUACAUUCUGCAUGUUUUUUCAGACGCGUUAAAACCUUAUUUAAGACAAGAAUCGCAUUUAGUAGAAUGAGAUUUGCCAAUUAACGUGAGUUAUACGUUUGCAAUAAUCCGUCUGAGAAGGCUUUAUGUGAUCAUGUUGGCCAGGGAUGACAUUUAUAAAUGCUGUGUGUGCACACUCGUCUAAAUGGAUACCUCGCACAAGACAUCCUGCCACAGGAAUCAAAGUCCCACCCCCUUAGCUGCGGGGUCUGACCAGGGAGACAAGCAGCAGGGUGGGCUCUCACUCCAGGAAUACAUGGUCCAGACUGAAUACAUUCAUAAUUACAAAAAAAGAAGCUUUUGAUAAAUACAUUGGUGUCUUUUUCAAGACAUAUGCCCCUGGACAUGUUGACAAAUAUUGACUGUGUAGUGUUUUAAGGAGAGCUUUGUGCCAUUGCCCUAUCCGUCAGUCUGUGUUUUGGUGCCAAGGCAUUGACAGGGAAGGAAGACGCAUCAGUUCAGAUACAGUUUCAUUAGUAGCAGGAGGGGAACCACCUCUCCUGCAUCUCUGGUAAUUAGUUAGUCACCAUAAUGACAUCUCAGCCAGACUGUAGGCCUCCAAAAUGUAUUUCCAAUGGCCAGGAAGUGGGGGAAUGGCUUCCGUGCAGCCAGUCAAUUGCCCUGUUACAGUUAAGGAAUCCAGCAGGGUGGUACCACUCAUAUUUCAUCCCAGGUAAAGAUUACCUGUCAGGCCCAUGGGAGAUGUAUUGAUCUGUUUGCCUUUUUCCGCCAGCAUUACCUGACAAAGGCACCUAGGAGGCGAGUGAAUGAGUGAUGCCUGGUCUGUCUGCUCCAGCGUAGUGGCUUCUAGUGUCCACUGAUGGGUGGAGAGGUGAUGAGGAAGCGGAGAGAUAAUGCAGUCAUAAACUCUGUUUGAACCUCUUCUGUAUGCAUGCAGGGAAGCCCCUUGCUCUUUGGUCACAGGUCAGUGUGGAAUUUGCUUCUUUUUUUAGCUCCUUGUAAGUGGCGUUAGUUCUUGCUGUGUAGUGGUGAUAGAAACACAUGCAAAAGAGGCUCUCUGGUUCCUGCUGACAAAUGCACGUUGCGAGUCACCGUAGUUCAACUCACUUUGGGUUCUAAAAGUGAUCCGGUUUGAGCGGGGCACCCUUCUCACAAUGAAAUCCAACCUUGUGUGGUCAGGGUUUCCUGUGAUUGUCAGCGUGGCGAUGCUGCACUAGCAGUAAUCAAUAUUUUUUACAUUAUCUUGUGUGUUUUUGGCAGCUAAAUGUAUUUAUAUAUUUGCCUUGUUCAGUAGAAUGUCAGAGUUGAUAUUAUCCAUGUAGCCAUGCAUUUAAAGUGAUCGCACUGUAUAAAAUGUGUAGUAUUUAUGAUGUGAUCCAUAAAUAUAGGUCCAUUAAUUGAAGAUUUAGGUCUAAGGACAUUCAAUUCAUGAAUUCAAUUUCAUGAUACUGUAGAUAGUAGAGUAGAUAUGUCUUUUUUUCACGGUUGUAUUUUUUUAAUUAAAUGUACAAGGAUUUAAGGGUUCUUAGGCAGCUAUCCACAUUUGAUACAUAGUACAAAUAGCAUCUUAUCUCAUAGGCUGUUAUCUUUAUAUUUAAUAGUAGUGGAGGCAUGUCUAAUUGCUUUGCAAAUGAUCUAAAGAGGAUUACUCCUCCCUUAGAAAGCCUGCUUGGUGUCACUACAUGUUAGAGAAACAUUACAAUGGUAACAUUCAAUCAAAUCAGCGUUUAUGCAGUAGCUCUGUUUUCUAUGUGUUAUGUCAAAAUAAAUAUCAGUAUUAGGUGGAUUCUCUGCUUUUGAUAAACUCCGUAUGAACACUAUUAUGGAUAAGAAACUGUUUUAAGUCGUUAUACUUCUAUUUAUGUCAUUUAUGUAUCUUCAAAUUUAUAUAUACAGGAUUUUUGUUAAGAUCAUGACAUGCCAUGACUUCAUGUCAUGAGUAUUCAUAAAAAAAAACUGCAGUAUCUGUUCAUUUCAAAUAUGGAAAUUUGUGUGCAAUAAAUAAUUGUGUGAAAUCUUUGUGUGAAGAUGAGA